AAACGGAAGUGGCGGCCACUUCCCCUGCUGGGCGACAUUUCCGGAGCGAAGGCGUCCGAAGCGGAGGGUCGAGCGAGGCGAAGGCAGGAGCCCGCGGUUCCUCGGCUUCCCAGUCCCAGCAAUCCGGGAAAUCAUGGCUACAGAUUGGCUUGGAAGCAUCGUCUCGAUCAGUUGUGGAGAUAGCCUGGGAGUCUACCAGGGAAGAGUGUCAGCUGUGAACCAAGCUAGCCAGACAAUUUCACUCACACGGCCUUUCCAUAACGGAGUCAAAUGUUUGGUACCGGAGGUUACCUUCAGGGCUGGGGACAUCACCGAGCUGAAGAUUCUGGAGAUUCCAGGCCUCGGCGAUAACGGACAGUGUGGAGAUUUCCAGCACCCUGACCUUGGCAUUCCCGCUCUUGAGGGCCUGGGUGGUGCCAGUCAGAAUGGCACUGGCAAAUUGCUGAAGAAGCCCAGCAGUGCCCCCCAGAACAUCCCCAGGAAGACCGAUGCAAAGAGCGAAGAGGUUGCCCUUUCUCCCCAACUGCACCCAUGUUCUAAGAGCUACGUGGAUCGACACAUGGAAUCCUUGAACCCGUCAAAAAACUUCCGCCGCAGGCACAACUCGUGGUCGUCCAGUAGCCGCCAUCCCAACCAGGUGACUCCGAAAAAAAGCGGCCCCAAGAACGGCCCGAUGAAGAACAAGGACGACGAGUGCUUUGGGGACGACAUUGAGGAGAUCCCGGACACUGAUUUUGACUUUGAGGGGAACCUGGCCCUUUUCGACAAGGCCGCCGUGUUCGAGGAGAUCGAGACCUACGAGAGGAAGAGCGGGACCCGCUCCCGAGGCACGCCGAGCGAGAAGGCUGCCCGGUAUCGCCACGAUGAGAACAUCCUGGCGUCUGAGCCCAUCGUGUACAGAAGGAUCACCGUUCCCCAGCCGAGCAAAGAGUUCUGCACUGAUUCUGGGCUGGUGGUCCCAAGUGUCUCUUACGAGCUACACAAAAAGCUGCUUUCCGUGGCUGAGAAACACGGCUUGACGCUGGAGCGGAGGCUGGAGAUGGCGGGGGUGUGUGCCAGCCAGAUGGCACUGAGUUUGCUCGGAGGACCCAACAGGCUGAACCCCAAAAACAUCCAUCAGCGACCUACCGUUGCCUUGUUGUGCGGCCCUCACGUGAAAGGGGCCCAGGGAAUCAGCUGUGGGCGACACCUCUCCAAUCACGACGUGGAUGUCAUUCUCUUCCUCCCCAAUUUCGUCAAGAUGCUGGAAUCCAUCACCAAUGAACUGACCCUGUUCGGCAAGACGCAAGGCCAGCAGGUGUCCAGUAUUAAAGAUCUCCCAGAGACGCCUGUGGACCUCGUGAUAAACUGCUUGGAUUGCCACGAAAACGCUUUCCUGAGGGACCAGCCUUGGUACAAAGCGGCCGUGGACUGGGCCAACCAGAACAGAGCCCCCGUCCUCAGCUUGGACCCUCCCGUGAACGAAAUGGAGCAAGAGGUCGACGCCAAGUGGUCGCUGGCCUUGGGACUGCCGUUGCCCCUGAGCGAGAGGGCCGGCCGCCUCUAUCUCUGCGACAUCGGCAUCCCCCGGAAAGUGUUCCAGGAGGUGGGCAUAAAUUACCACUCGCCCUUUGGCUGCAAAUUUGUCAUCCCGCUGCACUCGACCUAAGCUAAAGCGAGGGAAACCUGGCCCCUCUUGUCCAGGGGAAGACCGCCUAAGACUACCCGACGGAUCCCGGCAGUUACGAAACGUUCGGACGCCUUAAGGAAAUAUUAACUUCUGGGCUGUGUUUCUGCUCCAAGGAGUAGCGGCGCAGCGCUGGGGGGGGGGGAGAACCGCAAGGACUCUUCUUCCUCUGAGCCAUCCACGCUCUUGUGCCAUUGCCGAAGGAGGCAGCUCACGUCUUCAACCCGCUCACAGUUGGUGGUGGGAAACUGAGCAGGGAGGAAACUCUCGCCAGGAGCCCUGCUGGGUUUGGUUGUGUACCAGACCGUUGUGAUUUUUCUUUUCAACUUUGGGGUUUCUUUUUUUCUUUUUUCUUUCAGCACUAAAGUGGGAAAGGUUGCUUGGGUGCUGCCCCUGGCCUUCCGGGAUCACCGGAGAAACGAGCACAAUUUGGCUGUGCUGGGAUUGUCCUUUCUCUCUUUCAAACUCGCGUGUUCUUGGAUGGCCACGUUUGGGUCACCGUGGCGCGGUAACGUGCUCCGUCCCAGGACCAGCCCUCGUUUCCCUUCUCAUGGCUAAAUGAGCACUUGCUUCUCCCGUUUCUGCUCGUGAACGUUGUGUGGGUGUCGUCAGGGGCUCGGGGUGCUUGAGGAGCAGACAAGAUAGUGCCAACGUUUAGGUUUCCACCAUAACUUGCGCCCUGCCAUCUUACUGUGAAGAGCAUAACGCUGAUUAAUGGCUGUUCCUUUUUUUCCCUUCUGGUGGGCACUAUGUGCACAGGACAGAAAGGACUAGGAGCUUUGUUGGGCCCAUGCCGUUCCCAUUGGAUACAAAGGUCCAGGAAGGCUUAAGUGCUCGAUCCUGGCACAAUGGUCUACUUCCCUUUAGAACAAGCACACAGCAGGGCUUAUGGAACGGACGUGAUGUCGUCAGGUAGUCCAGGACACCCAUAAGAGGCAGCUGGCUUGCAACCCUUGUGGUCGUGCACACUGAAAAGCCCAUGAGCCACCGUUUCUGUAGGCACUGUCGUACUGACCCUUGCUUCUCCUGUGUUUCUCCAUUUUUGUGGGGAAUUCUUACCAUGCUCUCCGGGGACCCAGUUCUUGCUAUAGGGGGGCUUGUUCCUGCAGUCCUGUGGCGCUGUGUAGAUUUCAGGCGCUCCGUGCAUUAGCCAAGUGGGAUGCGGAAGACGCCCGGCUUCAAGAAAUCCACCAUGCUCAGCCUUUUCUCGUCUCCAAAGAUGCCAUGCAGAAUUCUCAUUCAUCACAAUGAUUAAACUGCAGUAAAAGCA